CUCAGAACCUGCUGGAGGUGGAGUCUUAAUCCAUUAAGUAGCAACAGAGCAGAGGCAGCGCUGUAAUUUCACACGCCAGUUUGUUGAGUUGAGUUGAGUUGCCCCUUUCUGAGCAGUGCCUUGGGAGAUGUGGGACGACCGCCGCUGGGGACUCUUCAAGCGGAACCUUCAGCCCACCCUGACCCUGUGGAGCGCCUUCUGCUCCUUUGGGCUGUGCAUGGCUUUCCUGGGGCCGACCCUGCUCGACCUCCGCUGUCAGACCCACUCCAGCCUGCAACAGAUCACCUGGGUCUUCUUUGCGCAGAACUUCUGCGUCCUCGUCGGGACAAUCAUUGGCGGCGUCUUCAAGAAAACGUUCUCCUGCUCCCUGAGUGCUCUAUUUGUCUCCACUCUCCUGAUAUCAGCUGUGUUCUCCAUCAUCCCCUUCUGUAACAAUGUGAUCAUCCUUGCUUUCGUCUUGGCUGUGGCUGGACUGGCCAUGGGCUGCAUAGACACCAUCGCUAACCUACAGCUGGUCCGCAUCUACCAGAAGGAUUCGCCUGUCUUUCUGCAGGUUCUCCAUUUCUGCGUUGGUUUUGGGGCAUUUCUCAGCCCCAUGAUAGCUGAUCCUUUCCUUUCCGAAACAAAUUGCAUACAGAACAACCGCACUGUGAACGGGACAUUCUCUGACUUGACCCACAUUCGGAAGUCCCUGGUCCCCCACCAUGUCGUCAAUGAGACCCAGUUCGUGCUGCCGACUGACGGACUUGUCAUCUCGCAAGUGUCCUACGCCUUCUGGAUCAUGGCCCUGAUCAAUCUGCCAGUGCCUAUUGCUGUACUUUUCCUGAUGUGUAAGCAGGGAGUUGGGGGUUGCUGUGGAAAGAAAAGUGUACCACUCUUACCAGCUGAGGAACUUCCCCCUGAUCUGCAGAUGGACAGAUUAGCACCAGGACAGGAGAAGACAUUGCAUGCUAAAGAGCCUGAUGGUCUUAUCGACUGCCUCAAAGGACUGCGUCUUCAGGAAGCUCCUUGUACUUUCUUUGUUGUCCACAUUAUUGGGGCUGUUGUGCUUUUUAUGACCGACGGGAUUUUGGGAGAGUACUCUGGGUUUGUAUAUACCUAUGCUGUGGAGAAACCUCUGUACAUUGAGCCGAGGGUAGCUGGCUACCUCAGCAGUCUCUUCUGGGCUUCGAUCACCCUGGGCAGACUGGCUUCUAUUCCAGUAUCUGGAAAGUUAAAACCUGUGACUAUGGUGUUUAUAAACCUGGGUGGAAUCAUUGGCACCUUUGUCCUGAUGCUGUGUUUCCCAGUCAGUGUUGUUUGUCUUUAUGUGGGAACAGGACUUCUGGGUUUUUUCCUGAGCAGCACCUUUCCCAGUAUGUUGGCUUAUACUGAAGACAUCUUGAAUUACCAAGGAUGUGCGACAACUGUGCUGGUGACUGGGGCGGGAAUCGGUGAGUUCGCCCUCCAGAUGCUUGUUGGAUCAGUUAUUCAGUCACCUGAAACUGAUAUAUUUCUUGUGUGCGGACUAACGUUUGGCUGUCUUGCUCUUCUCUUCUACCUGGUUCUUAUACUGGUGCACAGACUACACAGUCAUCAGACCAUGGCAGCACCUUCGAAAACAGGCACGAUAGAGGAGUCAAAAUUCUCAUACCAGAGCUGAGGUUUAGCAAGCGACCGGCCACUGUAACAUGCAUUAUUUCUGAACGGACGUAAUGCAACAUUGGAAUAGACUGAAUGCCAGUACAGGCUUUAAAAAUGGACAUUGCUGCGUUUAAAUCAUCACGCAGCCACCCUCGCCUAUUUGAGAAGUGGCAAGGUCGCUUUUGUCUAUACUUCUGCUUUAACUGAUACGUCUCACUGAUUGAUGUGGCUGCAGUAAACUUCCUAAGAGAAUGGACAUUGAAGGUAUAAUGUACCAGAGAUCACCGUAAUAAUCAUGUGGAACCUGAAUUAACUGCUUCAAGUUUUUUUUUUAAGUAGAACUGUUUUUUAAAAAAAACACACACUUGAUUCUAUCAGGUAAAUGAUCUAUCUUGCUUAAUUCUCUUUUUUGUUUGUUUAAAAUAUAUUGCCAAAUGUGAAUAUAGUGAGAACUUGGAACAUUUAGUUGCAAUUUCAUUAUUGGUAAAAAUGAAGGUUUGUAAAGUAGAUGCCAAUGUACAAAAUCUUAAUGCAUUAGCCUGAAGUUCCUCUUUUUCUAUUUCUUAAUGGAAGACAGUUCAAGUUAAAGGGGUCUGUAACUCUGCUAAAGGUUAAUUGUAUUUUCAUCUCUUUGUGAGCGUGUUUGAGGCUUGCAAGAUGGCAUUCACUGUCCAUUUGAUUUGCUGAAUCAGCCAUGCUGCUGUGGGGCUUGAGAUAUUGUUUCAAUGCCUUGGGACUUUGCAAAUGUAGACGGUCCUUAUGCCACAGAGACUGUGGCACUCCAAGAUGAACACCCACCAGCAUUUCUUUCCCCACUGAAUCUUGGGAUUGCAAUUAAUGUCAGCUUU